UCCUGGUGAUCCCUGCCUCCCUUCCCAAACUUCUCACUGACCUGACAGCAUCUGGCAGCAGGACAGUGUGGGGUUCAUGGUAAGAGGAGAGGCCUUGCAGAUCCCUGGGGAUUGUGGGGGGUCUGCUGAAAGGAAGGGUGUCCUGGUGAGCUCCUACCCACAGCUCUGUCCUCUCCCCAUCCAGCAAACCCUUUCCUACCAGCCAGUUCUGACAGACACUUGCAGUGAAAAUAAAGCUGCCACCUCUCAUCCCAUUUCUGCCCCGUGAGCAGGUGGCAGCAGUGGCACUGCCACCAAAAAUCACUUCUGUUUUACCCAGUGGCUCUUCCUUCUCUCUCUUCAUCCCUUUCUGGGUUGGAUUCUUCCUGCCCUCACUGGCCCCAGGUACCUGGGGCACUUCCUGAUGAGCAGGGAGUUGGAGUUGCUGAUCUUCCUGCAUCCCCUCCAACUCGAGAUGUUCUGGGGUUCUAACUAUUUUGGUGGCUGCUUUGGGGCCAGAAAGGGUUAAACCAGCAAUCCAAAGGGUCACCUGAGGUAGACAAGGUGGGGGGCUGGAACAGAAGUCCUCAUGGAACCCUGUGUGACCAGUGUUUGUGAGGUCAGGGUCACAGCCCCUCUGUCCCUGGGGACAGCCAGACCCCUCGGGGCCUCCCUGGCAGGGCUGACACCAGCAGGGCCAUGGCUGAUACUGGGGUGGAAACCCUCCUGCAGCUGAAGGAGAUGAGGGAGGCUGUGGAGAAGGAGAUGAGAGAGGCUGUGAAGGAGACUGGGGAGAACGUGAAGAAGGAGAUUGGGGAGAAUGUGAAGCAGGAGACUGGGGAGGCCGUGGAGAAGAUGGUUGAGGAGGCUGUGGAGAAGGAGACUGAGGAGAAGGAGACUGAGGAGGCCGUGGAGGAGGACAUCAGGGAGGCUGUGGAGAAGAUCAGGGAGGCUGUGGAGAAGGAGAUUGAGGAGGGCAUGGACAACAUGACGCUGGGGAGCCCCGCUCAGCCCGCUGCCCCCCAGGCCCUCCCCAAGCCUGCAGCCAUCACCCUCCUCCGCCUGAGGAGAACCUUCGCCUGCACCGACCUGCUGCGCCUCAGCCUGGCCCAGCCCCAGGGCCCCGCACACCAGGAGGGGACCCCGGGCCCCAACCUGCACCCCCUGUGCCCCGAGGACAGCACCCAGCCCUGCACCCUGCUGGCGACACAGGACACGGAACACGUCCCGGUGCAGUUGCAGCAGGAGGAUUCCUCACCACUGCCCUGCCCUGUCCCUCUGAAGGAGGCAGCACGUGGGGAGCAGGAGGACACCCACCCGCUGUAGGACACGGCGUGCUGGACCCCAGUGACCAACCAGGCUCUGCAAAUACAGGGUGGCUCUUCCUGGGGCCUCAGUGAUGGCACCCAGAUCUGAGUCGUGUUUCCCUCUU